CAGCGUCAUCUGCAUUCAAAUGAAAAAACUAUUUUUGUAAAUAUUUCACACGAUGGAGAGGAGGGAUUCGCAUGAUUUGUUAGAACAAAUUAAUAAGGAAGAAAAGAAAAAGAAAUCAGAAAAAAUAUUAAGUGGAAUAUUCUUAGGAUCUAUUACAGGAGCAUCUAUUUUGUUUGGAUUUGGUUUAACAUUAGCAAUAGCAAAAAAGAAAGAGCCAACGUUAUUUCUAAAGGGGAUAAUAAGAAGCCCAGAUAUUCCUGAAAGUGGAGGUUCUUUGGCAUUAAGAGCAUUAGGUUGGGGGACAUUAUAUGCUACAACAGGUUUCAGUUUAUUUUGUUAUGCAGUGUGGAAAGCAUUAGGUGUACAGAAUUUACAUGAAUUUAGACAAAAAGUGGGAUCAAUGUUGCCAAGGAUUACAAAUCCAGAAUCACAAGGAAGAACUGAAUUUGAAAAUUUAAGAGAUCUUAUAAAUUAUAUAAUUGAAGAAGAUAAAGAAAAAAAGACAUAAAAUGCAUUAAAUAUUAUUUGUUAAAAAAAUAAAUAUGUAAAAUUAAAUGAGUGAGUAUAAAAAUUCAGUUGUUAUCUUUAAAUUCAUAAGUUUUCUAUUUAUUAAUAUAACAUGCUACAUAGCACAAAGUUAUUCAUUAAACAAUUCCAAGUUAACUAAACAUAUUAAACAGAAAAAUUUUUACAUACAAAUAAACAUUUGGAAAUACAUUAUAUUGAUAUAAUUUAAAAACUUCUUAAUGCCAUAAAGUAUGUAGACAUAUCCUAUAUGCACCUAUAUCUGGCUGCUUCUUUUCCAAUGAGUUUAAUAUUUGUUUAUUUAUUGUCUUGAAUCAAACUUAAGCCUAAAUUACCAGAUUAUUUCAUAGGCUAUAUUGAAACUAAUUUUUAAUUAACUAAAUAUCUGAAUUUAUCUUAAAGAGGAGGGGUUAAGUUUGCAUUCUUGUAAAGAGAUAAAAUUACAUUAAAAUAAAAUUAAACAUAAUUUGUUCUAAAACCAAAGCAAAUUUUCCCAUAAGAAA